CAACCUACGUGCCGGAUCCCGGCCGUCUCCCCAAAGUUGAGCUCGGAACUGCUCAGUGCUGAACCAUCAUGAACAUAUCACGGCGAUAAGUAGCUGGCUCAGGGCUCUAAACAGUAUAGAGGCUGCAGGCAGCUAGUAGCUAACGAUGGCUCUCUUGGUUUCUUUCUUCCUCCUCUGGGGCAUCAUACUGAGCGGGGUGAGGCCAUCCUCAGUUGCCACUCUCUCCUCGCCAUCCACCGUCCCGCUCAAGACCCUCCACCAACUCCUCGAAGAAGCCGACCAGGCCGCCGCCGCCGCCGCACCUCAGGCAGGUCCCGCACUCCCUCUGCCUCCCAGCCUUGACCCCUGGUACCGCGCCCCAACCACCUACGACUGGACCCAAACCGAACCCGGACAAGUCCUCAAGAUCCGACAAGCCCCGUUCCUCAACUGGACGGUGGGCAACGCGCUACGGGCGUACCAGCUGCUGUACCGAUCAACCGACAGCCAGUACAACCCGGCGUGGGACGUGACCACACUCUUCAUCCCCCGCUGGCAGGCGCGCUGCUCGCCCCAGACGCCGCACCUCUGCGCGCACGCCGUGCUCUCGUACCAGCUGCCCUACGACACGUGCAACGUCGACGCCAGCCCCAGCUACGGCCUGCACCUGGGCGAGCCCUACGGGGAGAUUGCCGAUGCCUUGGCCCUUGGGUGGUUUGUUGCUGUGCCGGAUUAUGAGGGGCCCUUGGCCAGUUAUGCUGCGGGGGUUCAGGCGGGACAUGCUACUAUUGAUGGGGUUCGAGCUGUCCUGCAGGUUGGCGGCCUGUUUGGUUUGCGCAUGGAUGUCACCAAGGUUGCGCUCUGGGGGUACAGCGGCGGCGCGUUGGCCAGUGAGUGGGCCGCUGAGCUGGCGGUGCAGUACGCGCCCAAGAUGAAGUUCGCGGGUAUUGCUCUGGGGGGGUUGACGCCUAACGUGACGGGUGUGACGGACUUUUUGAACGGAAAGGAGGGUGCCGGGCUGAUACCUGCGGGACUGCUGGGGAUCGCGACCCAGCAUCCGGACGCGUACCGCUGGAUUGUGUCGAGGCUGCGGCCCGCGCUAAGGGAUAGGUUCUUGUCCGUCAGGAAGAUGACGGCGCGGCAGGCCAUCAGGACGUUUAUGUAUAACGACAUCUACUCGUACUUUGUGGGCGGGUAUAAAGAUCUGCAUACGAGGGUGAUGCAGAUGAUGUACAACAUCGACGGGUUCAUGGGAUACCAUGGCGUGCCGAGAAUGCCCGUCUUCAUUUAUAACGCCGUUCACGACGAGUUGAGCGAUAUCAAGGAGGUGGACGAACUUGUGGACAGGUUCUGUGGAGUGGGAGCGAACAUCUUGUACCACCGGAACUUGGCUGGCACCCACCAUCAGGAGAUCGUCAACGGAAGACAGCGGGCAUUUGCGUGGCUCAGGAGUGUGCUGGACGGGAGUUAUGAUCAGCUGUACUCCAGCAUGGGGUGUACCAUCCAGAAUGUCACAUACAACCUGGCGCCGUACGUCGGGUGGUGGUAGGCGGAUGCGAAUUAGAAAUUUCCGGUCUUAUUCGGCGGAGAUGCCGGAACGUCUACCGUGCCAUGAUGAGUUAAGCUUGAGUAUCAAGAGAGGUUUCUUCCCAUUUGUCGAUAUCCUGGAUCAACCUGUGAGUCGAAAAGUGGUAGAUAGGGGCAGAGAAAUGGAAGUCUCGAAGCUGUCAAGUCCAGCUCGUGAAGCGGCCUUUGGUGGUAAGUAGGAUCACUUCGAGUCGAUCGGGAUGGCUGGACGUCUCUGGAAACCAAUCUCCGAGUUCUAUUGAGGAGAGAACGC